UAUGGAUUUAAGAUUCCACUUUCUAUUCGGCCAGACGAACAAUUUACAAAAGAUAAUAACGCAGGGACCAGUUCUAUUUCUACUACUAUUACCAAUAAAUCCAAUUGUUUAAGUACAAAGUCGUCGAUUGUAGACAGUUCAGCGACUCCACUUCAUUCCAGUCCAUAUGUAACGCAUGAAGAAUCAACUUCUCUGUCAGCUGGAUAUCAUAGUUGUUCUAAAAGAGAGGAAGUUUCUUCAAUAUCGAGCUCUAAUUCACACUUUGUUCCUAAAAAUUACUCAACUCAAUGCAAUAAAGUAACACUUGAUACUGGCUUAACAGAUGAUAUAAUUCCAGCUAUUGAUACUCCAGAAGCUUGUAUUGGUGCCGCUAGCAGAUUGAGAUUAAUAUUGGAGCAGCUCGACCAAAAUGAAGUUCCACUUCACACAUUAAAAUUCACUGUACAGUAUGCUGUUAGUGUGUUGGAAACUAUUUUUAAGCGUGAUACAAAGCUAUCAGGUGAAGAAGAUGACGAACUUUCGGCUGUUCAACCGAAUGCAGUACCAACUGAAGUUCGAGAUUGGCUAACUUCGACUUUUACAAGGCAACUAGCUAAUGUUAAACGUCGGAAAGAAGACAAACCAAAAUUCAGGGCAGUAGCUCAAGCUAUCCGAGCUGGAAUUUUUGUCGAGAGAAUUUCUCGGAAAGUUAAUAAUUAUACUCUCAUGCAGUUUCCUCCAGAGGUUUUGAAAGUUUUUAAGAAUUUAGACGAUUGGUCAUUCGAUGUAUUUGCUCUUGAUGAGGUAGCACAAGGUUCACCUUUGAAAUGUAUCGGAUAUUAUCUACUCAAUCGUCAUGGUUUGAUACGAAAAUUUAAAAUUCCACCUCAAAUUUUAGAAAACUUCUUGACUAAAAUUGAAGAAGGAUACUGUCAUCACAAGAAUCCAUAUCAUAAUAAUCUUCACGCCACAGAUGUAGCACAAACGAUGCAUUAUAUUUUAUAUAAGACUGGAUUUAUGAAUUGGUUGACAGAGCUCGAAAUCUUUGCUGCAUUUAUAGCAGCAAUAAUUCAUGACUAUGAUCAUACUGGAACAACUAAUAAUUUUCAUGUCAUGGCUGGCAGUGAUACAGCACUUUUGUACAAUGAUCGUGCAGUACUGGAAAAUCAUCAUGUGUCAGCGACUUUUCGUAUCCUCAAGGAAGAUGAGUUAAAUAUAAUACAUAACCUCUCCAAAGAAGAUUAUCGUGAAUUUAGAUCAUUAGUGAUUGACAUGGUCCUUGCAACGGAUAUGAGUUACCAUUUCCAGCAAUUAAAAAAUAUGAAAAAUCUACUGAGUCUUUCGGAACCAGUUGUAGAUAAAAGCAAAGCAGUAAGUCUGGUACUGCAUUGUUGUGAUAUAUCUCAUCCUUCAAAAAAAUGGAACUUACAUCACAGGUGGACUAUGCUAUUAUUAGAAGAGUUUUUUCGACAAGGUGAUAUGGAACAAGCACUUGGAUUACCAUUUUCACCCCUGUGCGAUCGUAAAAAUACUCUUGUAUCUGAAUCACAAAUCGGAUUUAUUGACUUUAUUGUUGAACCAAGCAUGCAGAUUUGCAGUGAUUUGUUAGAAGUCGCACUAUCACCAAUAAGUACAAAUCAUAACAAAGAUGACACAGAAUCAUUAGGUGAAAAAAAAUUUACAAUUAUGAAACCAUGGGUCCAAUGUCUGAUUGAGAAUAAAAAAUCAUGGAAAGAAUUAGCUGAAAAAGAUGCUGAAUCAGAGCCACUUCAAGACAGUAAAAAAAUAUCUAUUUUUCGAAACGAGUGAAAUCUUAGUGGUACAGAAAUAAGUGGUAUAGCUAAUAAAACGUAAAAAUUUAAUUUAACAUAUCAAUGAAAGAAAAUUUCAAUAAAAGCCAAACUUGAAUCAUUCUGAUUUGUUAAACGCAAUAUACAUAUAUUUUUUUUUUUAUUAUAGAACAAAUAAUUCCAAAAGAAUUGCAUCAA